GGUUUGAGAAUGGGCUUGACCCAUUUUAAACGAUCCAGCCCAUUUCAUAGGUAGCGCAUAUAAUACCGAAAACCCUAAUUUUCCUACCGUCUGCUUCCAUCGCCCAGGGUUUAGCUCAGAUUCAAAUUAGGGUUUUUUUUUUUAUCUUCGCCGAUCAAUGGCACCACCUAAAGGUGAUGUUUCAAAGAAGAAUGAUCCAAAGGCGCAGGCCUUGAAAGCUGCUAAAGCAGUGAAGUCAGGCACUGCCAUUAAGAAGAAGGCAAAGAAGAUCAGGACAACUGUUACUUUCCAUAGGCCUAAGACUUUGUCUAAGGAUAGGAACCCUAAGUACCCUCGCAUUAGUGCUACUCCAAGGAAUAAGCUUGAUCAUUAUCAGAUUCUGAAGUUUCCCCUCACAACCGAGUCUGCAAUGAAGAAGAUUGAAGACAACAACACUUUGGUUUUCAUUGUUGACUUGCGUGCCGACAAAAAGAAAAUCAAGGAUGCCGUGAAGAAAAUGUAUGACAUCCAGGCUAAGAAAGUUAACACCUUGAUCAGGCCCGAUGGCACCAAGAAGGCCUAUGUUAGGUUGACACCUGAUUAUGAUGCUUUGGAUGUAGCAAACAAGAUUGGGAUUAUUUAAGGUAAUGGAUGGCUGUAUCAAAGAUAAUGUUUAUUUAGAUUUUAGACUUAUUCUGGUCACCGAGACUUUUUGCAGCAAAGUUAAAUUCUGGGAUUUAUGUUUUGUGUUAUUUGGUGUAUCUUAGUCCAAUUGCAAUUAAAUUUUGUUUUACAAUUUCAAAUUUGAUGAGGAAAUUUGACCAAAUGUUUGUUCUUA